CGUCUUCUUUACCGCGCUUUUCGAGAUCGACUCUACGCUGGCGCUGACACCGUGCUCACAUAUACACCCGGUAAUAAAUGGGACAAGAUUGUCUGCGGAAAGGGGUCGGUCUGCUGCUGUUCGGUGAUUUUCAUCCCAAUCCUGCUCAUCUUUGCCGCCAUUAUUGCAGUUCUGCUAUUCGUGUUGACGUCCGUAUCAGGCGAGGCCUGUAUCUACGUCACACGAGAAACAGGUGUGAACAAGACUGACUUCGUGGUGGACGGAUUGUUGGCUCGGCGAUGGUCGUCCAUUGUCGGUGGGUCGGUUGGAGGAGCCAACGACUUCCUCAACACCCCACCUCCCAAACACGUGCUCCACGCCCUCACCCAGAGCUGUCGUGGCAGCACAAAGCAGUCAUCCCAACGUGGCCUCCUGUCUGCUGUGGGGUACACCAAUCUGGUGGAUGUCUCGAAAUUGGUUAAUAGCGAACAAGUGCAGCAUGGAAUCGCCGAAGGAAAGAAAACUGUUCGUGAUGAGGUAAAAAAUCUAAAGAUUUCGUCGAAACUGCCAAGUGAGAGUGAAUUGGGUAAAGCACAAACUGAUCUCGAGAAGGCAAUUAAUGAUCUUAAUCUAAAUGUACUCAUCAACUCAACGAAUUCAAACCUACUGGAUUCUGCAUCUAUUGAAAAGCUUAUCACCCAAUUAAAGAAUUUUUCGAAGAACCAAAGUUCAGCAGCUAACUUUACGAAAGGAAUCAACACCCUGGAAGAAGUAGUCGUUCAUAUGAAAGAUCUUCAACCGAAAAUGAACAGCACACGCGGUCAUCUUGAGAAUGUUAAUACAGAGAAAAAUAAAAUUCUGCCACCUGUUAAAGGAUUAGUAGAGGCUUUCAAUGCAACCAUUAAAACUGCUAGCAAUGAAUCUAAAUUGACAGUUGAAGUUGAAAAUCAGUACGACAAGGUGAUCAAAGGACUACUUGAAUUCAUGGAGAAUGACGAUGGUGUGGCAUUCUCCAAGCUCACCCAGGAACUCUUCCCCUGUGAGGAGGCCUACCGAGCAGUCAAUGUGGCACUGGCUGUGUCCUGUGGUGACGAGGGCGCCCUCAAUCGAUUCGUCGGUGUGGUCUACGUCCUCGCACUCACCGUCCUCUUCAUCUGCUUCUUCUACUUCUCCCUCUUCAACCUCGCCUUCAUGCAGGCCAUCCAGAUCCAUCGGCUGUCGUCCUCGGAACUCGAAGACACCAGUACCGACUUCGGGGACGACGACGACGACGAAAGCGAGGACGAAGAUUCCAACUAA